GUGAAGAAGGUGGUGAAGAAGGCUCUGGAUUUCCUAUCCUAGUUGCUUUCUUCUUCUUAUUUUGAAUCCUUCUUUGAGGUUUCUUUGUUGGGUGUUGGGUUCCUUUCAUUUAAUCUCCUCACAAGACAGAGCCAUGGGUAGUGCAAGUCUCUGCAACAAAACCAUGGCUCUGUUGUACCUGACCACUUUGAGCCUCUGUUUGGUUUCCACUGUUGCAGAGCUUCAGAGAUUACAACAACUUGCUAAUGGAGAUGGGUCUGCUAGCUUCUUGGUUGUUGGUGAUUGGGGUAGAAAAGGAGCUUAUAACCAAUCUCAUGUUGCUCAUCAGAUGGGAAGGAUUGGGGAAAAGCUAAAUGUGAACUUUGUAGUCUCGACCGGCGAUAAUUUCUACGAUAAUGGCCUGAUCGGCGUCGAUGAUCCGGCAUUUGAGGAGUCAUUCACCAAAAUCUAUACUGCUAAGAGCUUACAGAAGCCGUGGUACAGUGUUUUGGGUAACCAUGAUUACAGAGGAGAUGUAAAAGCACAAAUAAGCCCUGUGCUUAGGAAGAUUGAUAGUAGAUGGGUUUGCUUGAGGUCCUUCCUUGUUAAUGCUGAAGUUGCAGAAUUGUUCUUCAUCGACACGAAUCCUUUCGUCGAUAUGUACUUCACUGAUCCGAAAGAACAUACAUAUGAUUGGAGAGGAGUGCUUCCUAGCAGAGAGAAUCACAUUGCUAAUGCUCUUAAGGAAUUGGAUUUGGCAUUGAUGGAGUCACCGGCGAAGUGGAAGAUCGUCAUUGGUCAUCACGCCAUCAGAAGUGUCGGACAUCAUGGAGACACAGAGGAACUUGUAAACCAACUUCUUCCAAUCCUCAAGGCUAAUAAUGUGGAUCUCUACAUAAAUGGGCAUGAUCAUUGCUUGGAACACAUCAGUAGUAAUGACAGUCCAAUACAGUACUUGACUAGUGGGGCAGGUUCUAAGGCAUGGAGAGGUGAUGUUAAAGAAUUGAACAGGGAUGGAGUGAAAUUCUUCUAUGAUGGGCAAGGGUUCAUGUCUGUGGAAUUGACUCAAACAGAUGCUAAUUUUGUGUUCUACGAUGUUUCUGGCGAGGUUCUGCACAGAUUUAAUUUGUUGAAACCGCUUUAUGCUGACAUGUAGAGUAUUUAGUGACCCAAAAGUGGAGCCCUCCAAUGGACCAAUAGUGGUCCAUGUUUUGUUUUUUUUAACCAUAGUGGUCCCUGUACUGAGCUCUUUAAUAUUGUUUAAGGCAUUAAUGGUGCCAAUCAACAUAAAAAAAAAAAAAAGAAAAAGAAAAAAGAGCUAGUUUCAUUCCAUUUCA